AUGUCAAACCUCGGAGAUGGUGUGUUUGCGAGCAUACAACUUCGUUCUGCGACGCCAGCGUCCAACGAGAAAGUUCUCAGCUUCCUCGAAGGCAUGAGCCGGGAAGGAGAACAACCCACCAACAGUCCUCCUCGCUCGAUGGUGGAUCCCGACGAGUACAGAAGGCAGCCCGAAUCCGUCCGCUCUCGCUCCGCACGACAGGUCUACUCCCCAUCGCCGAGGAGCAAAGUUAGCGAAAACACCCUUAAUGCCGGCUACAUGCAGCGGAAGGCCAACGGCCGCGCAGGGAUUGAGGACGAUCAUGAGCCUGGUCCUAACGACCCUCCGGGAGUCAAGUAUGCCUCUUACGACUCGGGUCCCUCAUUUGGCAAUUUCGGCCCUCUUCCUGCUGAAGAUCUCCCUCCAGCUUCAAAUCCAUACGCAGGCGGCGGUUGGAAGCCUGUUUGGGGAGAUAUUGUUAACGGCGAAGGCGAGGGAAAUCUGAUGUCAGGCCAACCUCAAAAUGGGCCUGCUUCUGAGCAUGCUGCAACUCCCCGACAAACUCUUGCAAACAUGACGCCUAAAGUUCCUGAACGCGAUAAUAUGGCCUCUCCCAAGCCGCCAUCCAGAGCACAAAGCAGAGCAGCUGAAGCAGAGCAGCGUCCCUGGUCCCCCAUGUCCGGUCGCAGCAAGAUGACGCGAGCCACAGAGAAGGGUACCGUGUAUCCCCCGCUUCCUCUCAGCGUGGUCGGCGAAGGCGAGGGUUAUGGCGAGGGACCUAAUUCGCCCACUAGAUCACGUGCACGAUCUAACAAGGCGCCAUCCCUCUCUCCGUCAGAUUCGCCAUCACAGCGUGUCCAGAUGUUCUCCGCAAAGCCGCAGUAUAAUAAUGGCAGUCGUUCCCCACCACCUGGUCCUGCAUCUGUCAUGUCGGGUGGUGCAGGCCACCACAACCGCCCCUUUUCGCCCUAUCGGCACGCGCCGACCCAAGAGGACCUUCUUAACGCUGCACUUUCGCAAGGAGGAUCAAGGGCAUCUCGUGCUACCCGUUCUGAUAGGGAGCAGGAUCGCGACAGGACCCCGACUCCCACUCGACCCCAUUCCCCGGACGGUCUGGAUGCUGAAGAGGCGCGUAUCGUCAAUGAAGCGUUGGCUGCCAGGACGCCACGCACGUCGUUCUAUGCGGCCUCAUUGGAGCCUGAGGCCACCAGUCAUUUUCAUGACAUGGAGCUAUGCGUUCUCCUUCAGCAAGAAAAUGACCCAGCACAACACGACAUCGUCAAGAAGGCAUUGAGGAAAGCCGUCCGACAAAGAAUCAAAAAAUUGGGGAUGAAUCAAUCAAACAAUACAGAAAGUCGUAUCAUGAUCACGAUCCUAGCGUUCACCUUCGUCAUGAUUACGUACCAGAAGAACCUCCCAGGCUUGAAGCAAGAUAGAUCGUUCAACAUGGAAGGGUCGCGCUUCGCCUACGAGCCUGAUGAAAGCACCCGCACACCAAUGACGCAAACUGUCAACAUCCAAACCCAACCGACCGGAACCCUGGCGGAUUCGAUGUACCAACAACCCGAAUCAGAGCAUUUGGUCGAUGAGGAUCACCAAGAGUACGAUGACAGAACUGAGACGCAGACGCAGCAGCAUCCAUACACGGAUGGCGAGACUCGCUCUGUCGUGCGAAGCGCGUACGACACGUCCGAUAAUGGACGCGACCAUUCCGGAGGCGAGCAAGUGCUGGAAGAGGAGCUAUACAGAUUGAGGCAGCGGCCCGCUGCCGGGAGCCAGUUGGGCUCGCACAAGUCAUGGGAAGUUGCCCAGGAAGAUCACGAUUUUGAAGACAACGGGCACGUCGCACCCUCUGGGCUGCCUACGAUCCCCGACACCAAUGGCGAGGAUAUGUAUGAGCAUGAACGUGACCUACCCGAGCUACCGGAAGAGGCGGAUCGAGAGAUGGCAGUACACCCACAGGGCCCGUGGGCCGUCGAGUACAACACGAGCAAGGACCCAUCGCAGCAGCCCCUCCCGCCCUGGCAGCGCAUUCAUGCGCGUCUGCUCGGAUGGGCGAUCAUCUGGCCGUUAAGCGAACUGGAAAACGCACUGAAUAGCACGACCCGUGGACAGCAGGUCGACGAAGUCGCGCUCAGCAUCUGGUCGACACAGACGUACAAGCGAUACGUCAGGGCACGGUUGACGGACACGCCGCAGGGUCCCCUCGGUUGGUGGUUCGCCAUCCGCGUCGCCUGGCCCAAUGCUAUGUACCCAAGCCCCGACCACCUCGUCCAAAAGAUGGUCCGCCUGCACCGACCCCUCCAGCUGCCCAUUGACAACUCAGUCGCUGCGGCGGGCAUCUGGCGCAACAUCCUCAUGGGCUCCCGCGCCGAACGCAGCCUGGAUCUGGAGCGCCUUCGUGAUCUGAUCAAUACGGAGCCUGCUUGGGAUGAUAUGGCUUGA